CUGGGCUAUUUCCGGAAGACGGGUGUACUCGAGUAAUUCCGGAAAGUCGCAGCCGCCCUGCACAAACAGCCGGAGGAAGCGGCGCCGCCACUGAGAGACUGAACCGAGCUGUCUGCUCAGCGCCGCUGCCAUGGCCAGGGAUUAUGAUCAUCUCUUUAAACUGCUCAUCAUCGGGGACAGCGGUGUGGGGAAAAGCAGUCUGCUGCUGCGAUUUGCAGAUAACACAUUUUCUGGCAGCUAUAUUACUACGAUAGGGGUAGAUUUUAAAAUAAGAACUGUGGAAAUCAAUGGAGAGAAAGUAAAGUUGCAGAUCUGGGAUACAGCUGGGCAAGAACGAUUUCGAACCAUCACCUCCACGUACUACAGAGGCACGCAUGGGGUUAUAGUAGUAUAUGAUGUGACCAGUGCAGAAUCCUUUGUAAACGUCAAGCGAUGGUUGCAUGAAAUAAACCAGAACUGUGAUGAUGUGUGUCGGAUACUAGUUGGCAACAAGAAUGAUGACCCAGCUCGUAAAGUGGUGGAGACCAAUGAUGCACAGAAGUUUGCAGAACAGAUGGGCAUUCAGCUUUUUGAAACUAGUGCAAAAGAGAACCUCAACGUUGAAGAGAUGUUCAACUGCAUCACGGAGCUAGUUCUGCGGGCCAAGAAAGAGAACUUAGCCAAACAGCAGCAACAGCAGCAGAAUGAUGUCAUCAAACUAUCUAAAAAUAGUAAAAAGAAGAGAAAGUGUUGCUAAUGAGGAACAACAAAAAAAGACUUCUUUGGAAUGAACAGUCCCUUUCACUUGGACUUGUAUAUCAUGAAGUCAAAAAUGGACAUUUUCUUUCCACACACAACCCCCCCACCCUAUACCCAAUUCCAGGCUGGAAGGAUAACGUACAACAGCAGAUGUGGGAUCUUGCUGACUUAGUGGUUUUGCUCCCAGAUUUCAGCUUCUGAAUUAUUUUUCGCCCCAAAUGAAAGUGACCGAGCCGAUGUAGCUCAGUGCCAAGAUUGGAUUAGAUCGUCUCAUUCCAGUUUGAUUUGUGUGGAUGUCUCAAAGAUCGAAUGAAUUGUCUCACCCACAAGUUUUAAAAACUCUGCACAUGAUGUAUACCUUUCAGCUUCUAAUGCCACCCUGUUUUCAUCGACGCUUUGCCUAAUACUUGUAGAUGCCAAGAAAUCAUGAACCACUUUCGUUCUUCUCUUUUUUUUUAUUUUUAAGAAAGCUGAAUUCUUUGAAUCAAGCUACUGACUAACUUGACAUAACGUCAUUUGCUCCUUCCAUUCCUUUAUUGUUCCCACUGUAUUGGAUUCCCCUUCACAUUAUCUGAUUUAUAGUUUGUGUUUGGGGCUGAUGGUUGCGGGGGGAGAGGUUAAGCUAACUAUCGUGAAGAGAUGAAAGGGCAAGGGCUCACCACUGGACUAGGUAUUUUAUGAAUGGUAUUCAAGAGCCCCUUUUUGCUUUUGAAUUCUUUUACCAUCAAUUAACUAGCUAUUCUGCUGUUUAUACCUAAAGUGGGUCCAGAAAUUUUGGUUAGCAUUUAUCUUGUGUGGAAUAGUAACUAGCUUGUUCUAUAACAGGUGGGGAGGGGAAUAAACUGGGGUUGGGUGGGGGAAUGACAUUGAAAUGAAAAAGGCAGUGUGAAUGAACAGUGGUUUUUAAAAAGCCUGUUGAUCAUGUACGUUAACUUGGCAUGUGUUUAAUCCUCAGUCCUUCAGCCUGGAAGACAGGUGAUUGAUUGAUUGAUUUGUGAUGGUGUCUCACUGCAAACAGCACAAUAUCCAAGUCCUACAACGCAAUAAGUACACAUAUUACAAAGUGGGGGUUAUUGCAUAUUGGAAGGCGUAAAUUUCUUCUCUAGCUUGUCCACUGCUUUUUCACCACCAGAACAAGAGUUUGUACCUAGGCCACAUGGCUGGAGUCAAAAUUUGCGCUGCCUGAGGGGCCUUGUGUGGAGAGAUUUCUGGCAGCCCCAAUUCACACUCCAAUGAUCAAGCCCCACUACUUCUUCAGUUUGGCAGCUGGAGCCUGUGAAACCACCAGUUGGUGGGAAAUAGCUACAAUCGCCACCUUUACUGUUACCAGAUUUCAAAGUGCUUGGGGGAGAAAUAUGGAGAGCUGUACUUUGUUUCCAACCUGAUCUGUUUAAUGUUGACACAGGUGCCUGAAAGGAAAGUCAUGUUUCCCCAGCACUAAUAUUUAAUAGCUUUGAACACAACACCCCACAAAAUACACAAUGGCCCAUCACCUGAUCUGUGUGGAAAAAGUAGUUGAUCCUACUGGGGAGGUGGAUGAACACUGGAUUUGAGUUCAGUGCAAUCUGGAUGGGUGAAAUCUGCAGCACAAAACUGCCCAAAAUUGAGUGCUAAUUAUUAUUAAAUGAAAAGUCUUGUGUCAUGUGGUUUGCCAGUGUGGGGAAUGGAGAGGGUUGUCUGGUGGGAGAAUGAAGCCUCAUUGGUCAUUGCACUGGGAGUUCUACCUUGGUUCAAAACUGUGUACCUGACCAGGCAAGUACUUGAUUGGGAAUAGUGGAUGCCAAUUUUUUUAACAGGCUGUUGAAUAAAAGCAACUUAAAUAACUAUUAUUUUAAAGAUUACCGUUUACUGACAGUUUUAAAGAAAAUGUACUCUUUAUUUGUGUACAAGGUGGACAUUACAUCAAGAGAAGACCUACUUUGCAAGGUGUUAUUGUGGAAUCCCUUCUGUUCAAAGGUGUAUCUUAAUAUCUGAAAUCUUGUGGCAUUUGGUUAUGCAACUGUUCGUAAUGACAAUUAUGUAUUAAAACACAGAAAUUGUUGCAAAA